UGUUUUUUUCCCUUUCAAAAUGGCGUUGUAUCGGUCGCAAAAUGACAUUAUAAACAAAGCCACUUAAUCAAGAGGUUACAUUACAUUGUAACGUGGAUGUUACCGUUACAUAUAGAGCGAUGGACGAGCUGUCAUGUCAAAUAGUGUGACAAACUUUUUUUUGUUAGAAAAUCUCAAUUUUACGGCAGAUAGCAUGCCAGAUCUUUUGUUAGCAUCGAACAAAUCUUGCAUAUGCACAAAUUUACCGCCUUGUUAUGUUUUUUUGAAACAAUGCUGGGUUAUUUGGCAGCAAGGCGUGCCGGUCUGGAUGACCCUCUGCGACUCAGGCGGAUGGAGGCGACGAGAAGAGUACUAAGCCUGCAGUUGAAUGCAGACAGGGAUGUGGAGAGAAUCCACGCAAAUGGUGUCAAUACCGUUGACAUUGAAGUCAUUGAAGGCAAAUACAUGUUGUCUGGCGGUGCCGAUGGAGUGAUUGUCAUCUAUGACCUGGAGAACUUUAGUGGGAAACCGCAGUACACCUGCAAGGCUGUCUCCACCAUUGGAAGGUCCAGCAAGCAUGCCCACAAGUUCAGCGUCGAGACGGUCCAGUGGUAUCCUUACGACACUGGCAUGUUUGUAUCCAGUUCCUUUGACAAGACAAUGAAAGUGUGGGACACAGAGACUCUUAAGCCCGCUGAAGUGUUUAAGUUUGAAGGCACCGUCUACAGCCACCACCUGUCACCCAUCGCUAGAAAGCACAGUCUCAUCGCAGUUGGCACCGAAUAUCCUAAAAUACAGCUGUGUGACCUGAAGUCCGGUUCAAAGAUCCAAGUCCUGCAGGGUCAUAGAGCAGAGGUCCUGUCCGUGCGAUGGUCACCUAGAUACGAACAUAUCCUAGCCACUGCCAGUGCUGACAGCAAAGUGAGAGUGUGGGAUGUGCGUCGGGCAUCAGGUUGCCUAUUUACGUUGGACCAGCACAAUGGAGACAAAUCAAAAGGCGCUUCUGAGGCAGCAAACACAGCCCACAACGGUCGAGUGAACGGCCUGUGCUUCUCAAGCGACGGCCUGCACCUCCUCACGUCUGGGACCGAUGAUCGCAUGCGAUUGUGGAACAGCGCCACAGGGGAAAACACCCUGGUGAACUACGGGAAAGUGAGCAACAAGAGCCGCAAGAGGCGUCAGUUGACGGUGUCGUGGGGCUGCAGUCCGGAGUUUGUGUUUGUGCCGUGCGGUAGCUCAGUCGCCGUGUACGGCCUCCACACGGGCGAGCUGGUCACCAUGCUGCGGGGUCACUUCAACUACGUGGACUGCUGCGAGUUCCACCCGGACCACCAGGAGUUGUACACCGCAGGUAAAGACGGUAAUAUACUUGCAUGGGUUCCGGUCCUACGUGGCCCGGAUGUGGAGGAAGAGUCAGAUCAGAAUGCUGCAGUGAGGUCGUCAGUGGACCGCGCCUUCCAGGACAACUGGAGCAGCGAUGAAGACUAAUGAUGCUUCAAGGUUUCACCAAUGGACUCCAGCAUUGUUUGAACUAUGGUGCUAGCAAAUUAACAGAUUCAAAAAAUCAUUGUGAAACAAUAAUCGUGACAUCGUGGUUUACUUAAGGAUUAGUAAUGAUUUACUUGAGAGGACUGCUAUACACAGUAUUUGUCAAUUCUCCUAUUGUAUUUUUACUAAACAUCUUCUUGCCACCACCUGCAAAUCAAUGGAUGGGUGUUACCUUGCAUUGCAAAACAUACAUUACCGGUAUGCCUUGAGUCAUUCGUGGUUCAAAAUUUGCAUGUGUUUAUGUUGGGAGCCCUGAUGCUGAAAUUUACGAUAGGGUAUGAGUAAUACCAAGCGAGGCCUCUCCCUGAUGCCCCUUAAACAUGUUUGCUUUUGUAAAACUUAAUUAUUUUUAAAUAAACUGGCCUUUUUGUGUCCUGUA